ACAAUAUACGCUGUGCCAGAAUAUUUCUAACUUUAGAUGAACCGAGAGAUGAACGACGAACCGAAGGCACGCGCGACACUACACAUACACAACGUCGAGUGCUGUCCGACGUUUUGUUUCUCAUCGAAUUAUCUGGAGUCGUUUGCGAGAAAAUUUACGGAACUCUAUCAACGUAUCGCGAUUAUAAGAGGUUAAAUGAGCGAUCGCCUCGGGACACGACACGAUUUAUCCGUACAGAUCCGUGAUCUCUCAAGCACGUGGACUCCACUUAAGAAAGACGCAUGUGAAAGCUCGAAAAUUGUUGAUCAACAUUCAUUUGGCAUUCCUCGGACUUCAUUCACUGCCACGAUAUGAAUCAUCUAGCUCCAUGCAUAUAACUAGAUUAUGACAACGAUGAAUUCUGAUUCCGAGAGCCAGGACAGUGAUGACGGACGGCGAUUUCGUUUUGAAGCUACGCGGAAGGAUUCAGUCGCACCCGUGGAUACAGCAGACAAAACGAAGAAGUCCAAGCACAAAUCGUCUCGUGAGAGCAGCAGACACUAUCGAACAGAGAGAAAAGAACGGUCAAAACACGAGAGCAGUAAGAAUACGGACGAUCUCAGACACUCUGUAAAGCAUUCGAAGCAUGAAUCGAGGAGUUCAAGACAGGAGGAUAGUAGAAAUUCGCACAAGGACUAUAGAGAGGACAAGGAUAUGUCUGCUGGAUCCACCGCGAAUGACAGAGGCUACAGAAAUUCCAACGAAAGUGACGUAAGGGAAAAAGUUUCGCGGGAUUCGAAACGUCAAUCGGACAGAGAUCGAAGUGUCCAUCAAAUGCAACGAUCACGAGAACAUUCGUACGAGCGGAAUCAUCACAAUGAACGAACGUCCAGUGACAAACACAGAAGUUGGUAUUACGAAAGGCAUAAGCAUCAUUCUCGCGAUAGAAGUCGAGAUAGAUCUUAUCAAUCGAGUAGACUGAUCAAAUCCUCGAAUGGCGAUUACCGAUCCCGAGAGGAUCAGGAAAAACAUGAUAUCUCUAAAAAAACAUCGGUAAAAGAAAACAGAUUGCAAAAUUCGAGAGAUUAUCCUAAGAAUGUUGAACGGGAGCGUAGUUACGGCGAAGUUCAUUCAAGUGAGAAUACUAAAGAGGAUUCAUCAAUAGAGAUUCAAGACUGCAAGGACUUGGAUCUGUCGCUGUUCGACGUCCUAUCGGAGACUGGCGAAAAUAUAUCCGAUGGUCGAGAUUCAGGAAGUCGAAUGUCAUCUCCGUGUUCACGUAAGAUUAAAUUGAAAAAGCACGAUUCUGAAGAUCGGUCCGAAAGUCGCGCGAGAACGAAACGAAAAAACGACGGCGAUGAAGCGAGUGGAGGAAAACGGCAGGAACAAUUAAAGGUAAAAAGAAGGAACUACGACUUGACAUCUGAUUCCACUAAUAAUAAUCCUAGUGCCGUUUCAGAUUCCUUACUCAGUUCUACAUCGUCCGCGACGUUCUUGGUAACAAGAAAAACUCUUAUGGAUUCUGUGAGAAAAAGAACUUCUGAGCACUAUGAAGAGACGAGAAUAAUUAAUCCCGACAGUGGCGAAUGCUCGAAUUUGGAAGAGAAAUAUUCGCAAUGUCUCGAUUCUUUAGAGAAAACGCAAUUGGAAAAAGAUAAGAAAGAAAUUGAAUCUGUCUACGGUCCAUUUUUGCCGCCAAAACUUGCAUCUAACAUCAGCAUUACCGACGAUGACAAACUUGAAAAGACUUUGUCGAAUAGUCUCAUUGAAAAUAAAAUCGAGGACAAUUGCAAGAGCGCGAGUUUGAUCGGACCUUGUUUGCCGCCUCGAUUAAACAAUGAUUGUCAAAACGGAAAGCAAGAAGAGACAAAAAACGCUGUUACGCUUACAAUGGAAACGGACUCUGUUUUUGGACCAGCACUGCCACCACAUUUGUUACAGCGGCAACAAAACGAAAAUGAUUCGCGAGAUAAAAUUAUUGGACCUGUAUUACCCGACACUAUGAAUAAAGAAGCUUCGACCGAAUUAUCCGAUGAUGAUUGUACGAUAGGUCCUCUGCCUGUUGACCAUCCAGCUCUGAGAAAUAGCCGCGUGCACGAACAGUUAGAUUUGAGAGCGCAAAGAAUUAGGCAUGAAGGAUAUUUGACAGAGGCUGAUCUUGGAAAUAAACGCGAAGAAUGGAUGACCGAGUUACCACCAGCGCAAGCUGUUAAUCUUGGAUUGGGCCCGCGUAAAUUCAGACUUCGAGAUGGGCCAGAUAUGUCAGACAGAUCAUGUUGGACUGACACCCCUGCACAAAAAGCUCAGAAUCAGAAAGAUUUGGAGAUAAAGAAACUCAGAAAAUCAGAUACGGAACAUGUGAAAGAAUUUCACAAAAAAGAAGUGAAUGAAAAAAGAAAGCCCGAGAAAUCACUAUUAGAGAUGCACCAAAGUAAAAUUGCAAAGAAAAAGAAGAAAGAAGAAAAAGAGGCAAAACGGAGUGGAAUAUCAAUGAGAAGGCCAUUUGAUAGAGAUAUUGAUUUGCAAGUUAAUCGAUUUGAUCAAGCGCAAAAGAAAACUAUUCUAAUGAAGGCACAGUUGCUGGAUGAUAGAUUUUCACAUGGACAAAUCUAAUAUUUAGAUUAUCAAAGGAUAUAAAAUUAUAAUAAUUAUAAAUAAUUGCUGCUAACGAAAUUAGAUUCUGUAUUAAGUACAUUUUCAGAAAUUGACAGAUGUUGAAUGUUGUUACAGAUUGGUGCCUUGAAUUAGUAGCGAGUUCUUAUUAUCUUUAUUGACCAAUUUUACAGAAGUGUUUUAGCAGAAUGUGCACUUUAGCCUAAUUAUUAUACUAGUAUUUUCGUAUCAUGAUUUUUUUAUAUUUUACAAUAAAUAUCCAAGUAGAUUAACUUUGCUUAAAUUUGAUUUUAAUUUCAUGAAAUACACUUAUUGCGUUUACAACUUUUUUGAAACGAAUAUGUCAGAAAAUAUAUUUUAAUUACGUAUUGGGUUAUUAAUCGAAUUUUAUUUUAUUAAAAAUUUUGGAAUCUUGUGAUCUUUUUUGCGAAUUAUAUUUUGUAAUGUAAAACGUGUAAAUUACAAUUGGUCGUGGAUCUUUUAUAAAUAUCAUUCACUAUAUGUAUUUUGUAUAUAGUAUUGUUCUUAUGAAAAAUCAUAGGAAAAUAAUACGAGAGUAACUUAUGUAGCAAUAACAACGAUUGUACAGCGAAUCUUUGCGCGUGUUAGAUAGAUAUGUCACUCUCGUUGUAUCUGUUUGUCACAUGCAUUUUCUAUAAGUGAGACAGUACAAAAUAGUGUGAUAUUUAGCACUGCUAAUAUGUAACCUCGUAAUACAUAUUAUAGUAAAUAUAAAGAACUAUGUUGUGUGCAUGUGUUUAAUUUGCACAUAUUUUGGAAUGUAUAUGUCUGAAAAUGAAACACAUAUAUUAUUAAUUCAUGUAUUCAAUGGCAGUUUUACAUUUUUGGAAGCCUGAAACUAUAAUUUGUAUAAUAUUAAUUGUUUUAUUCUAAUUAAUAUUAUGAAUUGAUAAAAUAAUUAACAUACCUUUUAAAAUUGAGAAAAGAAAUACUUGAUAUCUAGAAGUGAAAUUUUGCUAGUGUACUAAUCUGUGGAUUUGUCAUUGCACUUUUCUAUAUCACAAGAAAUGAUAUUGUACGAUAUAUUAUUAGGUUUAACUAUAUAUACUUCAGUGAUUGUUUAUUUUCUCUUGCUGAAAUUUCGUGAAUUUAUGAAUUUCUAUACAUAAAAAUAAAUAUGUUGAUUAAAAUUAU